AUGGAAGGCUUCGUUAACAAGGCUAAGGAGUUUGCUGGCUCUGACCAGGGUAAGAACCUGCUCAACCAGUUCACUGGCGGCAACAAGAACAACGACGACAACGAUUCUUCGUCGUAUGGCGGCAACAACAAUAACAGCAGUGGUGGCUUUGGAUCGUCGCGACGCAACGACGACGACAGCUAUAACUCAUCAUCGAACAACGACAGCUAUAACUCCUCAUCGAACAAAGACAGCUAUAACUCCUCAUCGAACAACGACAACGACUCCUCAUCCUACGGAUCCUCGGGCCGCAACAACAACAACGAUGACAAUUACGGCGGUGGAAACAACUCGUCUGGCUACGGAUCGUCUGGUCGCAACAAUGAUGACGGCGACAGCUACGGCUCCAGCGGCCGAGCUGGCAACACCAGCAGCGGAUAUGGCAACGACAACGACAACUCUUACGGUUCGUCCGGUGGUCGAAGUGGCAACAGCGGCAGCUUUGGUAGCAGCAACAAGGACGAGGACUCCUAUGGAUCUUCCGGCAACCGUGGCGGCAACAGCGGCUAUGGUAACAACGAUGACAACAACGAUUCUUACGGCUCGUCUGCUCGUGGUGGCAGCGGCGGCUAUGGCGGCAAUAGCGAUUCCUACAGCUCGAGCAACAAUAACAACAACGACUACUAA